UCAAAUGGCCACUGUUCUUUACAAAGCACAUCAUGUAUGUAUGUGUAAAUGUAUAAAAACUUUUUUUUUAAAGCAAUGCUAAACACCUUUCUUUUGUUUUUAUCUGUCUUCUCUCGAUUUACAGUCAAGGCAGGCGACUUUGCUACAAAUGCAGCCAACAACAAUGGUCGAACCAACUUUACCAACAAGCAACUUACAGAGCUAGAGAAAGAAUUCCACUUUAACAAAUACCUAACCCGAGCCCGAAGAAUAGAAAUAGCCGCCAUGCUAGGCCUCAACGAAACACAGGUGAAGAUUUGGUUCCAGAACAGACGAAUGAAAGAGAAGAAGAAGAUGAAAGAAUGCAUCCCUCCACCGCACCUUGGUCACUCCAUGUCCCACCUCCAUCACAUGCACUCAUCCGUUGCCAUGACAACCCCAUCAUCACUAUCUGUCCACCAGGCGUCGCCGCCCUUGCCGCACUUCACGGGAGCUCUUCCGGGUCAGACCAUCUUAUCCGGUGGGUCAUCACUGGGAGAUUCCGAACUGAAAUCAGGUAGCUACUGUGGGCAUGCGCACCUUAGCCACACCGGUUCAGCCAUGGUCAUUACAAAUGGAACUUAAAGCUUUGCGGAACAAGAGACGGUGACAUUCCUCAUUCAGUUUGUAAUAUACAGAGUAGACUUUGUGGCUAUUUAUGAACUUGAUAAAGUAAGAUGCUAAUAUAUUUGGGUCCGCGCCAUUUUGAGGUUUCCCCACAAAAUGGCGCCGCGAUGAGAGGUCACGUGGUAUCGAUGGAGUAAACUCGGGUGAAUUGAGCAACCUUUGUGGCGUACAGAUGACACGAAAUAUACAACAUCUAAACUUGAAGACACGCUGCACAACCUACCGGAGACAAAACAUCGUUCAUCUCUUCAGCCUCGUAACCCAAGACUUCAUGGAGUUCAUGUUAUUGGUAAACAAAAAUUGAUGGCGAUUAACUGACAAAUAUAUCUUACCUUUAAAUGUAGCUUUUAUCUUAAAGCAUUUUCCCCUCUUGAACAUCCUACACCAAUCAAUGUUUGAAUAAAGCGUAUACUGUGUACACUUUGUAUACCAGAAUCAUUCAUUUGGUAUAGGUAGAUACUUGUCAGUGUGUAAAUGCACUGUAGAUAAUUUGUAAAGGUGUUAACUGGUCAGUCACUUUGAAAUGUCUUCUUUAACGUUGUAUUAACACGUUCAGUAUCAUGUAUGCAGACAUUUUGGUCUUAUUUUGAAAAAAAAUCACUGCAAGUGUUAGGUAAAUAAGUGAUUAGCUUGGUUAUGAAUGGGUGAUUAAUUUUUCAAAUUGUUUACGACCAAGUUCCUCUGUUACAAUAUGUCUCUGCUUAUUAAACAGUGAUGUCUUUAAAGGUAUUUCAGAUCUGACGACAACAUAUGUAAAUGAAUUAAUGUACAAGUAGUGACAACUAAAAACGACUAUUGCGGCAGGAUUUCGAAAUAAAAAAUGAGAUGAUAGAGCUAAGUUUAUAAGAAUUUAUACUUAGUUAUUUUAAUUCUGGAGAAGUCGUCAUGUAAAUCGAGAGACAUGUAUUAACACUCACAAAUUUAUCUCUC